AGUCCCAAGGCGAACAAAAGAGACUUGUUUCGUAUCACUCGGCCAGCUGCUUGGCCCUUCUGUUGACGGGCAUCAGCCGUCUACAGGGCCCUCCCCCCUGUGUUCCCUCUAUUCGUGAUGUUUAAUUUACCUUGCUCUUCAUAGCAACAUUGGCGGUAGGCGUUGGGUUAGUAUUGAGUUGAACCUCGUUGAAAAAUUCCAAAAAAAUUGUGACUGGUGUUUGCGCGGUACGUUUAAAUCGGAACCCUCUUGAGAGGUCGUCUCAAGUACAGGGACCAACUUUUGACGCACCCAAACGUGUGAUGCGGCUAACGCUCUCAUGACAAAACCUAUCGCUUGCGGUAGCGUAAUGCUGGCAAUGCUUCGAGGCAUUUAGGCUCUCUCCCUUGGUCAUCGGCUGUCGUUACAUAAAGGAGCGAAGUUUGGCGUUGCGCAAGCGGUGCUUUUAGUGAGACGAGGGCGCCACCUUGUGGCCACAUUGCUCAAGUGUUGGCCCCGUACAGUGCAUUUACGUUAGCAUACAGAUUUAUUUAUAAGCCACACGUGUGGCGCAUACAGUAGGGGACAUGGAAUGAGAUGGUGUUUGUGUGUGCGGGCGCAUAGAAGCUUGUGUACAGAUGUUGAGCAGGUGGUGCUGAUGGCCGGCGUUGUACGGUUGCGAGACCCCCGUGCCCAGGAGGAACCUCUGCUGAGGGACAACCCUCGCCGCUUUGUGAUCUUCCCCAUCGAGUACCCAGACAUAUGGCAGAUGUACAAGAAGGCAGAGGCUUCCUUCUGGACAGCUGAGGAGGUGGAUCUGUCCAAAGAUCAGCAGCACUGGGAGCGGCUGAAGCCAGAGGAGCAACACUUCAUCUCCCACGUCCUCGCGUUUUUUGCUGCCAGCGACGGCAUUGUCAAUGAGAAUCUGGUGGAGCGCUUCAGCCAGGAAGUGCAGAUCACAGAGGCACGAUGCUUCUAUGGCUUCCAAAUCGCAAUGGAGAACAUCCACUCGGAGAUGUACAGUCUUCUCAUCGACACGUACAUCAAGGACCCUACCCAGAGGGAGUUUCUAUUCAAUGCCAUCGAGACUCUGCCGUGUGUCAAGAAGAAGGCAGACUGGGCGCUCCGCUGGAUCUCCGACAGUAAUGCCACCUUCGGUGAACGCGUUCUGGCCUUUGCUGCUGUCGAGGGCAUCUUCUUUUCGGGGUCGUUUGCCUCCAUCUUCUGGCUGAAGAAGCGUGGUCUCAUGCCCGGCCUCACAUUCUCCAAUGAGCUCAUUAGCCGUGACGAGGGUCUGCACUGCGACUUUGCAUGCCUCAUGUUCCGCCACCUGGUGCACAAGCCUGAGGAGGCGCGUGUACAGCAGAUUGUGAUGGAUGCCGUGAUCAUUGAGCAGGAGUUUCUGACGGAUGCGCUGCCCGUCAACCUUAUCGGCAUGAACUGUGACCUCAUGAAGCAGUACAUCGAGUUUGUGGCCGACAGGCUGCUUGGCGAACUCGGCUGUGCCAAGGUGUACCGUGCAGAGAACCCCUUCGACUUCAUGGAAAAUAUUUCGCUGGAGGGGAAGACCAACUUCUUCGAGAAGAAAGUGGCCGAGUACCAGAAAAUGGGCGUCAUGUCUAAGGUCGACCACCAGUUCACGCUCGACGCAGACUUCUAAAGCCGCCGCUGGUGCUCCUGAGGGAGGAGGGCAAGCGGGCAGGCACACGUGGGCAAGAGGGGCGGGCCAAAGCGUUUUGACCGCGGCGCUCCCGCCUGCACCCGUGCUAACGACACUGCAGUCAUGAGAUUGAGCGCUGCGGUGCAGGAGAAACGCGGGAGGCGAAUGCCGUGCCUGCGCUUGCUUGUCGAGGUAGAUGCAGAAGCGGAGCCUGGUUUUCUUAGUGUUACCAUCUGUCUUUUUAGGCCAGAAGUGUAGUUCUUGAACAGGCAUGGAGGCUGAAGCAUUUUACCCCCCCCCCCGCUUUUAAAGGCUACCCUAAGUUGCUCAGUCCAUGCUAUGUAUUUUUAUUUCAUCGGAUGAACUCAGUCGAUUCAGCUAUUUUCCUGCAGGGCAGACUGAGUUUUCAUUAUUCAGACUUGAGUGGUUGGUUGAUGUUGGGCUGUGUUGCUAUUCUGCGUUGACGCAAAACAAUCAGCUCCAUGCAACUGAGCAGCGCAAAAUGCAAAGCUUAUUUUUUGUAUUAACAAAAUUGUGUUUGUUCAGAGAUACAGAUACCUGGAUGACAAAUAUGUGGGGUAAAAUGUAGCUGCAUUUGGCAGCUGUGGUGAAAGUGAUGUUUGGCAAUUAACUGCAUGAGGGUUAUUCAAUCCGAAACGGAUUAGUCGAGAGAUCCGUUGGUCUUCUAAAGUUUUUUUUUUAAAUAAGGUCUCCAUGGUUUGUUUCUGGCGUGGUGAAAUGUUUUAAUGAUGUUUGCAGAUAGUGUGUGUGAGACGCUCAUCAGCAGCAUUGGAGGUCACAUGUAUAAAAUUGAGCACGUAUGAGCGACUGGCAAGAGAACGGAGCUUUCCAUUUAUUUGCAAGUAAAGAGCCGGCACUUUGACCAAUGCUGGUUUGCCAAGAUUCUUCCCACCAAGUUCAUAGGUCGCUCUACUGAGCGCGAGUAUUCGUUGCGUGAAAAGAAAUCUGCUGCUGAUGCGAGGAGAUUAUAGUGUGGUGUCCCAGCUUGUUGCUAAAGCGGAUCAUCUGUGCGGUAAUUAGACUCGUGCACACACAUGCACGCCUUUCCAUCGAGCACUUUUUCAAACGUGCUGCCAUCGAGUGCAGAUGUUCACUACAACACAUAUACUGUAGUGCGCGGUGUCCCGAGCUGCUAUGUGCACAAGGUGUGGCAGUUGUCUUUUCUCAGCACUUGAAAAAUCGUUUGCAGAUGCUGGGUGCUUGAGUCCAGUCUGUGAAGACGUAUAAUGAACUAUAUUGAGUUAUGUUAACAGCCUGAGGACACUGGUUGCAAAGUCGGAUCGCAGACCUGUGGUGUAUUUAUAAUCCUUGAUAAAGGUGAAAUUGUUGGCGUUAUCACUUCACCAGCACGAGUGUUUUAAAGUGAGGCAAGUCUAAAUAUGUGGAGGCUGGUAACAAUGAUGAAAAUGUUGUACAUGUCCUCUGUUGGGCUUGCACAAUAUUUGAGGUUAUCCUAACAAAGCUGUCAUAAAUGUUCCACUUUUGCAUGUUUCAUCAGGAUGCAAGUUGGCUGAGGGUAUUGUCGAGUCAUGUCCUUAUCAGUUGCUGCUGUUACAGCUUUGUUGCGGCAAAGCUAAACAUGCAGUGCAAAUCUCAGUUUUUGAAAGGUGCCUAUUAGCGGUAAUGUCCUGUGUUCACAUUUUGUGGGUGAUGUCUUAUAAUGAAGACUCGUGAAAGCUGGACUCCAUCCAGGCUAAUUUAUCUUUUACGUUUUGUUCCAUGCCGUAGCCACAAGUUUUAAAUAAAAAUGACUGGCAUUAAUUUCGAAUAA